GGCUGACCAUCUUGCAGUCUGAAAUCAGAGAACGAAAACUGCUGGUUUGUUUACUGGAGGUGACCUCACCAGAGGCACUGCCGACACAGGUGUCAGGUUCAGAAACCUGCAGGAUUAGAAAGCAUGUUGGAACGCUUGUAAGAUAAAUUUAAACACAACUGAGAGAAUAUGAAAUGGAUCACAAAAAUACAGCCGACUUGUUUUGGAACAUGACAGCAAGUGCUCAGUCAUAGCAGCUCUUCGACAGGCUGACACACACCAUAGCACUAAUAGAGGAGUGUUACUGGAAUGUUCCAAGACAGUAUAUAAAAGCCUCAGCUCUUGUUCAUUGGGACAGAAGCACAGAAGAACUCAACCAGCUCAAAACAGCACCGAAAAUCCACCAAAAAUGCUUUGCCCAAGCACAUUUCAGCCUCACCUCAGCCCAUUCAUGGACUUCCACUGGCCAGUGCGCAGUCUGUGGCCGGAGACCAGACCUCUGUUCUUUCAGAUGGAGAAAGAAAUGAUGAGACACAUGCAGGAGAUGAGACACAACCUGGAGUUCAUGGAACGCUUGCACCAAAGGAUUUUCGACGAGAUUGACCAUGUUUCACCCAUGACGACUUUCAAACCCAUCUCAUUCCAGCUCGGAAAGGAAGGAAGCCUCUAUGCACUGACGCUAGAUACAAAGGAUUUCAGCCCAGAGGAGCUGUCCGUUAAACAAGUGGGCAGGAAGUUGCGGGUGAGCGGCAAGACAGAGAAGAAGCAAGACGAUGGGAAAGGAUCAUUCUCGUACAGAUGCCAAGAAUUCAGGCAGGAGUUUGACCUUCCUGAAGGUGUGAAUCCUGAGAUGGUGACCUGCUCUAUAAAUGAUGGUCAGCUACAGAUACAAGCACCCAAAGAAGCCAAUGCUGUGAGCAACGAGAGAGUGAUUCCCAUUACAUACACUCCUGCUGUGAAAAGUCCUGUUCCUCAGAGCCCUCAACCUCAACCUGAGAGCCAAGGAGCUGAGGCAGAGGCUACGGAUAAUUGAGUUUCGCCUCUACUAUAUAUCCCACAACUGAACAAAUGACUCUGUGACAUUCAUUUACAGCUUGAACUUACAAAAUUGUAAAAGAAUCAAAUUUGUGAAAGAUCAUUAUUGGUCCUACCUUGUGGAAUUGUAUUAACAUUUUGUUUAUUGAAUUACGAUUCAGAAGAGAAGUCAGAUACUUCAAUUCAAUUUGUUUUGUUAAAUUGUUACAUUUUUGGUACAUUUCAAAAAGAUGUAAAAACAGAGAGAAAAAAUUAAUUUGUAUUCUAAUAAACUAAAAAAAAUGUGGGUUGGGGUUUGGAAUGGCUACCAUGUUUAUUUGCAAGAUUUACACAAAAUAUUAUUCAAUUGGUAAAUAUAUUAAUUUGUAUUUAUUUAAUAAAUGCGUCUUCCAUU